GUAUAGUUGAAGUUGGACUUUUAGAAUUAUGUUGGUAACUGUAGAUUAUCAGUAAUCAGUAGUUUAUUUUUGUUUGGAGUAAUAUCGCACUUUUUCAAAUUCCUUUGUGUGAACUAUAUUUGUAUUAGCGCUUGUUUAACCAUUUUUAUGAUUUAAUGUUUAUAUGAAAAUGGAUAAUAAAGGUACAGAUCAAGUGGGUAAUGGAUUUAGCACAGCUGAAGAGACUUUUGAGGAUGCCCAAGAUGGUCAGUGUUUUGGCCAAAUGAGUAAUGGUAAAAGAGAUGAACGAGAUGCACUAGGAAAACCAGGUAAUGCUACUGGAGAGCUAUAUGCGAAAAUGCCAGUAGCAAAGUAUUCAACGCAUUAUAAAAUGAACCACAAGAGGAGAGGUUUAGCUUACAUAUUUAAUCACGAGUUCUUUGAAGUUGGUAGUUUAAAACCAAGAGGCGGUACCAAUGAAGACUGCAGAAAUCUUAAGGAGUGCCUUAUUGCUCUGGGGUUUGAUGUGCACGUAUUUAAAGAUCUAAAUUAUUCUGAUAUAGAAUUGCAUAUAAAGAAAGCUGCUCGUAUGGAUCAUAGUGAUAAUGACUGCCUUAUAAUUUCUAUUCUAUCACAUGGAGAAUCGGGAAUUAUUUAUGCAAAAGAUACGCCAUACAAACCUGACCACCUAUGGGUGCAAUUUACUGCAGAUAGGUGUCCUUCUUUAGCGGGUAAACCAAAAAUAUUUUUCCUGCAAGCCUGUCAAGGUGACAAACUUGAUGGAGGCGUCAACCUCUCAAAAACAGAGACUGAUGGGGAAAUCCAUAAUACCUACAAAAUACCAGUGCAAGCUGAUUUUCUCAUAGUCUAUUCUACAGUAAAGGGCUAUUACUCUUGGCGUAACACAACCAAAGGAUCGUGGUUCAUUCAAUCCCUGUGCCAAGAAUUGAAGACAAAAGCCUUCGAGCUGGAUCUCUUGACUAUACUUACUUUUGUAUCUCAACGUGUAGCGCUAGAUUUUGAGAGCAACGUCCCAGACAACAUCACUAUGCAUCGCCAGAAACAAAUACCGUGCAUUAUGAGUAUGCUCACUAGAUUAAUUCAGUUUAAACCAAUAUAAAAAAUAAGAUGAUUUUGUUAUGAAAAAGUUUUAUUCUUUAUUUGGUUACAUGGGGUUGUGUACAAUAUAAGAAUUAAAAAAAAUUAAUAAUAGUAUUAAUCAAUAAUGUUUUAUAUUGACAUAUACAUGGUACUAUUAUUUUGUAAAUUGUGUUGUUAUGUUUGCAUGUAACGUAACAAAUUAUUAUUUUACUUUUUUUCCUUUUAAUUACAUCCAUGACUGCCAUGACAAGUUUUAAUUUCUUGUAACUUUUUAUUAUGUAAAUAUUAAUUAUAAAUAAAACUUUUUCGCAAUGAAUUCUUCAAUGGAGUUUUUUAAUGUUGAAAUAUUUAAAUGUUUUGUUAAUAUAAAUCAAAUGGAGAAAUAAUGCUUCUAAAUCAGGGAUCUACAGCAAACUAUCACCUAUUAUAUUCAAUAUAUAAUUUUAGAAUUAUUUGUUAUAAUUUUUUUAUUCUUAUUCGCAAAGAUUUGACACAAAUCAUAUAAAGUAGGACCUCUUUAAACCGAACAGUCUAUUGUAGAAAAGUAUAUUUAAUUUAUCAUAUUUCAAAUGCCAACUUCCUUGAAACUUGUUGGUGUUUUCUUUUGGGCAUUUUUUGUUCUAGGUUAGGAAAAGUGUAGUAAAACAUAACAAAAACAAAAAACAUGACCUCUUUAAAUUAAUUCCAGGAUUAUAUGUUGAAGUAUGUCAUCAUAAGGGCGGCGUUCAGAUUAAAUAGAUUGUGCUGUACUAAUAUUGUCAUUAUUAAGAAUGGUAAACUUAAUUGAUUGAAGUUUCACUUGAGAGAAUUUAAUUCUGAUAUGUUUAUUUUUAAUAGAAGCAUUGAAUCUUAAUUUUGAUUUUGAACUAUUUUAUCUGAUGUAUAUGUUUACAUAGGUUCCUUUAUAAGUACACACAUAAAUAAUUAUUAUAGUUUUAGGUAUUUUUUUUUUCAUUUAUAGUACCAAAAUAGCUUAAUUCCUUUUCUAAAACCAAGUUUCAUAUGAAAUUAGGUAUCAUACCAUCUGGAUAAAUGAAAAACUUGAUAGCAAUUUAAAACUCAAUUUAAUUUGUAAUCCAGAAUAACAAUAAUUGAUAUUAAAACAUGUGUAGUAGAGUGCGAUAGAGAAUAUACGGAGUAUUGUUCAGUUUGAGAUGAUUAUCACUGCAAAGUAAACCAUGACUAAAAUUUUGAUAUAAAUAUAAAACUAGAUGGUUUCAUUUUUAUUUUACUUCGAUUUUGUAUUAUAUAGAUUACAUUAUACAACAAAGUUAAUUCUCAAUAUUAUUUUUUUUGUUGGUACUAGUAACCUCAUUAAAAUUGUUAUACCAAAAAAAUCUUUAGAAUCAUUGGAUCAAUUUGGCACAGAAUAAACAGUUGAUCUGUUGAUUUGUUGUCAAAUUCAUAAAUUUCAUUUGAUAGCUUCCAUAUGAUGAUAGAUUUAACAGCUUAGUUAAAUUUUUUCUAUACAUAUUUAUAGUUUUAAGCUUUUUAUAUGUUUUUCGUUUUGAUAAAGACUGAAAUAAGUGGAAACGUCAAUUUUUACAUAUUAUUUUCCUGUCAAAAGAGACCUAAAAUUUGAGAUGACUUAUCAAGAAAAACAUAUUUAUAGUUUAGUUGAGAUGCUCUGUAUAUUUUAUCAACUGCUGGUUCAAUAGUUUUCUAAUAUAUCAAUUUAAUUUUCUAUUUGAGUAUAUGUUUGAAAUAAAACAUAUUUUUCAGAAAAAAAAGUUUAUAAAUUUAGAAUACUUGCCUUGCCUUUUGGCUUUGUAGAACUGAUUAUGGUUUAUAACUAAUAUUAGAUAUAAUUGGGGGUUUCAGGUUAUUAACUUUAUGAAAAAUUAUCAGAUGAUGAAGAUGAAGAGCCGAAAUAAAAAAGGACUAAGUUUCAAAAAAUAAAAGAUCUGAAAUAAUCGUGGAACUAAGUCAUCUGCUUCUUAGGCGUUAACAUCAGUUGAUUUCAGAUCAUCAGGCUCAUCUACUAGUCCUUUGAAAAUUGCUUCUCAUUUAGUUAAACAUCUGAGUUGUUUCUAAACAACUUUCAAGUUUCUUUCAAAUCUCACUGUACAACAGAGAACAACUGCAGUUAAUGAUCGGCUUUCUGUUAGUACUUUUCUAAGGAAAAUCUCACAACCCUACCACAACUUUAUAUUUCAGUUGUAGCAUUUACAACAUUGUUUUUAAAAUGACACUUAGUACCUUUUUUAUUUACACUCUUCAGCUUAUGUUUGCAAAAACCAAUGAAAAGGAUUUAGAUUAACUGCCAUUAUCUUAGUAGUAAUUUUAUUAUUUCAAAAGAUGUGUGAUGGAUUUAUUUUGUCUGCGUUAGCAUACAUUUUAAUCACAUAGGUUGAAAGUUGGUAAAGAAUCAAAUUUGUGAUUUAGUAAGGGCUUGUAGGAUACCAAAAUUGAUUCCUAUUAUGGUGAUUUUUUUAUAAGAAUCAAUAGAUUUUGUAUUUUAUAACUUUGGAAACUGUUUGGCAAUUAUGACAUUAUAGCUAAAUUGUAAAAUAUGUUCAAUAUAAUUUUUUAGGGGUCUAAUUGUUUGUCGAAAGACUCUGCUUUGGUUGAAUGUUUCCAUUCCUUCCUGUCCCCUGCCCAUCUCUUUAUUACAUCUAGGGUUAUUAUUUAUCCCCCAUUUCCCUUACAUAUUUGAAUCUGACCUCAUCAAAUUUAUAUGUUCUCUGUCCCAAAGUCAUUUUUUACAAUACUAUACAAAAUUAACAAGAAAAUAAUGUAGAAUGUUUUUUAGUAUAAUGUGAUAAUUUGAGCGAAUUUCUUGGAAAACUUGAAAACUAUUCAUAGAUAAUUUCUGAUAAUAGAGAUUUUGUAAAAAAAUUUUACAAAGAAUCUUUAUUUUCCUUCUACAUUUUCAGUUAUCGGAAGAGGAUUCUGUUCAAUAUUUUCAUUCCUUCUUGUUUUCUGCCAAUCUCUCCAUUUCAUCUAGGGCAACUGUUUUCUAUUUCCUCUCUCCCUUAUUAGAUCACAAUCUGAAAUGUAGUUGUUUUCUGUUCCUUUAGGUUCACUAACAAAGCCUGUAUGUAUUUUUAAAAACCUGGACAAAAUAAAUUUGAAAAUAUAAUGUAGAAUGUUUUUUGGUGCAAUGUGAUAACCUGCGAGAAUAUUUUUUAUGCUGAAAAAAGUGGAAACUAUUCACAGAUAAUAAUUUUUGAGAAUCGGGCAAAAAAUUACAAAUGAUUUUGAAAACAGCAACAAAAUACAAAUUAGUAGAUCUGUGUUAUUUAUUUUAAAGUUAUUCGAUUCUUUAACUUGUUUCGUUUGUCUUUACUCUUCCAUAGUGAAAUUUAGUAGAUCCCAUUAAACAAUUUUUGUAUUGAAUUUGGAUUUUUUUCUGGAAUUUUUAGUGUAACAAAUCUAUUCUUCCCGAAAACCUCUGAUGCUGUUCCUCUUUAAUAAGAUACCUCCAGAUCUUCCAUUGAGUUUUAAAUUAUUCUUCCUGUAUGUUUCUUAGGUUUGCAUACUUUAUUCCAAUAAGUAGUAUUAUUAUCUAUAAACGAAAUAACAUAUCAAAUUUGUCUUUCUUAGACAUCACUAUACAUGUUUCAAUUAUAUUUUGCUGACAUAUGUGCUUUUCACAAAACUGUGAAAGUUUUCACUUAUAUGCGCGCAUUUUAUAUAUAUAUUUACAUGUUUUAUAUAUUAUAUACGUACAAUAGAAUAAGGUAUUUACCUUUUUAAAACAUAUUAUUACUUUUUGAAAAACAAUUUUAAUAAUUAUAUUUUUGGAUACAUUUAGUACCAACUGAUUGGUUUUCACCGGUCGCUAUAUUUUAUAUGAAAUUUAUUGUAUUUUAUUGAAUGUUUUAAAAACCAAUUGAUUUAUGCUAGUUUUUUGUACCUAUUUUAAAUGAUUUAGCCAGAUACUUGCUCAUUUUUCCAAAUAAUAAAAUUAUAAAAAAGUGA